UCUUAGCUUGACAGUUAAGAGUUUGGUUGAAGGAAGAAAAGAAGUAACAAUUGCUGGAUAAGCAGGAGGUUUAGCAGCUGGAUACACAAGAGCCCAUCGGAAGGGAAGGACAAUGAUGUUUUUAUUGGUGCUGUUGGCAGCGUCUCAUGGGGCUUUUGGUGGCGAAUGGAAAGCCAGCGUUGUGCAGAACAUUGAUGCCCUGGUCUCUUCCUGUGUGGUUUUACCCUGUUCAUUCAGCCAUCCCAAAGAACCCCUCCCCACCUCUAGACUCAGAGGGAUAUGGCAUCGCUCAAGUCAAUGGGACCAACGCAUCUACCACAAUGACAAUACCAAGGUUCUGGAAAACUUUCGCGGUCGCACUCGGUUGUUGGGACAGUUGGGUCAAGGUAACUGCAGCCUGGAAAUCACUCCCAUCCAGGACUCUGACUACGGAUCGUUCUGUUUUCGCAUCGAACUGGCACGGACCGGGGGCGACGCGGCCACACCUGAUCAAUUCUCCUUUCACGAAGACUGCGUGACCUUGAAAAUGCUAUCUGAUCCUCCAAAACCCACUUUGAGUCACGGGAACGCGGCCAUCCAAGGCCGUCCUUACGUUGUCAGCUGCUCUGUGAGACACACGUGUCCCACGCAUGCGCCCACGCUCACGUGGAGCAGGGGCACCCCUCUCGACGUCACCACCAUCAACAGAGAAGUUCAUCUGGGUUUUUGGGAGGUUCAGUCCAUUCUGACCAUCGUUCCCGAGGCCACAGACGACCACGCUGACGUCACUUGCACUGCCAGGUUUUACAGCAGGAGGACCACCUCCGACACUUUUACUCUCUUUGUGAAACGCAGAGAAAGCUACGACCACAUCAUCAUUCCUACAAUAGCUGUGCUUGGGACCAUUCUGAUCUUCUCAGGAGUCUGCAUGCUGAUGGUGAAAAAAUACAAGGGACGCAUUGCAGAACUUCAAAACCAGGACAGCGUGUGGAGUCGGAUGUCCAGGAUGUCUCGCAGGAUUCAGUCUACACAUUUGCAACCAGUCAGUGCUAAUCCAAGGAGGCCAAGAGAAGAGUCUGAAGUGGCUCUGAAUAACUUGCCCAGUAGUUCCAGAUGUAAAGUUGGACCAAAGUUCUGCAAACCCUUUAUGCCAGCCCCUGGAAGUAACAGCCUGCCUAAAGACAACAUUUACAUUGAGGACCUGUCAGAUGCUGACGAUUAUGAAAACACAGCAGGCCUCAGCGUGCACCGGAACUGCUGAAGAAAAGGAAGCAAGUCAAGUAUUUGCAGUGUGUACUUGAAUCAGUUUAAUGUAGUAGUUAUAGAAAUAGUUAUUGUUGCUGUUUUUUGGAACAAUCGAAUAAUGACAAAAAAAAAGUUGUUGAUAGAAAGUCAGUAAAUAGGAACAUGGGGGGCAAGGGGGUGUUAAAAAGUAAAUCCACAAUAAAAAGGAGAGGAACAAAACCUGACACAUUCUAAGUAUUGUGAUUUGCAUUUAUAUUAUUUUAGAACAUUUUACUGAAAGGGAAACUGCACUUUUUUUUUUGUGAUAAAAAUAUUGCGGUGAGGAAAUAAGUUCCGGUUAUGCAUAACAUGCCUAAAAUACAGUAAAUAUUGAACAUAUUACAUGUUA